AUGAGGUUUCGAUUCAAUAAUCUCACUCCAAAUGAGGUACCAAUUGCGGAAGAUACAGCCCAUACCUCAUCCGUAGACGAAGAAAAAACGCCUACAACCACAGCCAAUGUUCUCUCGGAAAAUGACAGCGAGGUCAUCAACAAAGAGUUUCAGCAUGGCGUGCAAGCUGCCGAAGCCAUCAACCAAGUCGCUUCAUUUACUCUUAGUAUGGUUAUGAUGGCCGGAUAUAAUGAUGUUAAAACAUACUGCGCAGCUCAAGUAUUCUACUAUGUUGGUUACAAUGGAAUUGACUUCACGCUUACAAUCUUCAUCGCCGAUACAACCCAACUGAAGAACCGAGCCUGGUGGAUUGCAUUCUCUUCUUCACCUUGGAUUGCUACAGUCUGGGCAUAUGGACCUGCUGCUGAAAGUGUUUUGAACACGAUAGGUUUUAGAUGGGGUUUCGGUAUAUGGGCCAUAAUUUUCCCAAUUAUCUGUAUACCUUUGUUCGGACUUUUCUACUAUCAUCAAAAUAAGGCCGAAAAGCAAGGCUUGAUUCAAAAGGUUGACAGUGGACGAACUUGGACUGAAUCAUUUAUUUAUUAUUGCAGGGAGUUCGAUGUCAUUGGUCUAUUGCUGAUUGCUGCUGGCCUUGCUCUGUUCCUUCUAACAUUCAGCUCGUACAGCUAUCAGAAGGGCGAGUGGAAAUCUCCGUUAGUCAUUUGCUUCAUUAUCUUUGGUGGUCUAUUAAUCGUUGCUUUUGCUCUAUACGAAAUGUACCUUGCACCAGUGACCUUCAUUCCUUGGGGUUUAAUGAGGGAUCGAACAGUAUUCUUCACCUAUACAAUGAUUGCUAGUCUUUACUGCGCUUGGUACAUCUGGGACUCGUACUUUUAUUCCAUGCUUAUCGUCGUAUUCAAUCAAUCUGUUACGAAUGCCACCUACAUCUCAAACAUCUACACUAUUGGGUCUUGCUUUUGGGCACUGGUCGCUGGAAUCAUUAUCAGAUUCAAUGGACGCCUCAAGUGGCUGGCUCUUUACUUCGGUGUGCCUAUCACUAUUCUCGCUGUCGGCCUCUUGAUUAAAUUUCGUCAGCCCGAUACCAAUAUUGGAUAUAUCGUAAUGUGUCAAAUCUUUAUUGCUUUCGGUGGUGGAACCUUGAUUAUGUGCGAACAGAUGACCGUCAUGGCUGUCUCCUCUCACCAACACAUCCCCGCUAUUCUUGCCAUGGAAGCCAUGAUUGCCAGUAUUGGUGGGGCCAUCGGAUCCACUAUUGCAGCUGCACUUUGGACUGGCAUAUUCCCUGUCAAGCUCGCCGAACUUCUUCCUGCAUCAUCUCAAGCCGACUUCACAUCAAUUUAUGGUAGUUUGGUAGUGCAGUCCAGCUAUCCACUGGGAAGUGACACAAGAAAUGCUAUAAACCGAGCCUAUGGGGAUACUCAAAGGCUGAUGUUAAUCUGUGCCACUUGUCUUUACUUCGUCACUCUUAUUUCAACCAUGUUCUGGAGAAAUAUCAAUGUCAAGGAUAUGAAGCAAAUCCACGGUCGUAUUUGGUGA